UGACUUUUUUUUUAACCUUUUUUUUUUUCGUCCUUCUUCUUCUUCCCGUUCUUUUUAUUUAUUUUAUAUCUCUUUUACAAUGUCUGUUCCUACUGUAGAUUCACUUCAAUCUAUCUAUACUAAUGCCAGUCUUAUUAAACAAGGUGAACGUUAUGAUACAGUCAUCAAACAAUUUAACCAAAUUUAUGGUCGUUUCCCAGAGUUUAUUGUACGCUCACCUGGUCGUGUGAACUUGAUUGGUGAACAUAUAGACUACAGUGGUUAUGGUGUAUUACCUAUGGCCAUUGAACGCGAUGUGGUGCAAGCAGUUGCUACUGAUGCUAGCAAUACAAAAGUUCAAAUUGCAAAUAUGAAUCCCAAAUACCCUACUCGUACUUUUGAAUAUGAAGGUGAAGAAAAGGUAGUGACAAUUGAUUCAUCUUCUUUGGAAUGGUCCAAUUACUUCAAGUGUGGUUACAAAGGCAUGUUGGAAAGCUCCAAAGAAAAGGUGACUCCCAAAGGUAUGUCUAUACUUGUGGAUGGAACUGUACCUGCGGGUUCUGGAUUAUCAUCUUCUGCUGCAUUCGUAUGUUCUUCUGCUUUGGCUGUGAUUACUGCUAAUCAACUAGGAUUAUCCAAACAAGAAUUGACUGAAGUUGCAAUUGUAGCGGAACGAAAUGUUGGUGUGAAUUCUGGUGGUAUGGAUCAAGCUGCUUCUGUUUUUGCUGAAAAGAACUAUGCUCUCUAUGUGGAAUUUGUCCCUAAACUUAAGACUUUACCUGUGCAACUACCGUCAGGUGCCUCCUUUGUCAUUGCUCAUACUUUGGUCACAGCCGACAAGUUCACCUCUGGUCCCAAACAUUACAAUUUACGUGUGGUUGAAACUAAGAUGGGUGCUCGAAUCUUGGCUCACUGUCUUUUCGGUAACAAACUUGAUGUAGUACUGGAUACUUACAAGCAAGUGAUGGAUGAAUAUUUUAAAACCAAGCAAGGCAUAUCUGAACAAGAUCAAUUGACGCAAAUGUUGACCCUGGUGGAUCGCUACUUAACCAAUACUACAGGUUAUACGGUUAAAGAAAUGGCUGACGCUGCUGGUAUGGUAGAAAAUGAUGUGGUGGCUACUUAUAUGACUCGAUUCCCUGUGCAAACCGAUGUAUUUCGUCUUCAUCAACGUGCUGUCCAUGUAUUGACCGAAGCUAGACGUGUUCAACAAUUCAUCUACAUUUGUCACCAACAUGAACAGGAUGUUAACAACACCAACAACAAUGAUGUAUUAAAACAAUUAGGUGAUAUCAUGAAUUCUUCUCAUGAAUCCUGUGCUACUAGUUUUGAUUGCUCAUGUCCAGAAUUGGAUCAAGUAUGCAAUGUUGCCAGACAACAUGGUGCUUUUGGUGCUCGCUUGACUGGUGCAGGGUGGGGUGGUGCGGCUGUAUUUUUGACAACACCUGAAAAUGUACCUACCUUGAUCCAGGCUGUCAAAGAACAAUAUUAUCACAAGAAUUUCCCUGAAUUCAGCAAGGAUCAAUUAGAUGAUGCAAUCUUCCCUACUGAACCAUGCAGAGGCGCUACCAUCUUUACUGGAUUUGAUCAAUCUUAGAUUUAGGGUGUAGUUAUAGUAUUGUUAUUUUUUUUUCCUUUCUUUCACAUUAAUAGAGCUCUGUUUUUGUUUGUACCAUCGUGUCUUUUGUCUCUCAUUCCAUGAUUAAUCACAUCAGAUUAUGUAGUAUACUUGUACUGUUAUCAAGAAUAGAACUCCUUUUUUUUUUC